CCCCUUCUUCCUCUUCCUCUUCCUCCUCCAACGAACUUUACCAAGAUCGGAUUCUUCUUAACUUCGUUGACACUCACAGUGUUUAGCAAAGCUUAUCGCGGAAUCAUCUUCUUCGUAUCUUCGUUAACAUCUUCCUGUGCUUUUUCCAAAAGUACAAACCGCUUUUUAAAGCUUCUCUUCAAGGUUUGAGCUCCAGACCUACUACCGUUAGAAUCUCGUAAACAACAAACUCACGCUGUACAGCAUGUUUACCAUGAUGUCUCCUACGGAACAAGUCCUCGUGUACGGAAGGACCCUGAACCCGGAGUACGAGUCAUUAGACAUGCUCGACUUGACUGCAGGACUGGACACCGUCUUUGCAGCUCUUAUUCUCUUCUUCUUCAUCGCCGUAAACUGGCACACCCUCACCUCUGGCAUCUCGUUCGGGGCCAAGCUGCUUGCAGCCGUUAUCUCUCCCCUCGAAUCUUUCGUCGCGUGCGUUGACGCGUUCAAGAGAUGGAUAGUCCAGAGCCAGAUGGGUCGUCGCCUUUCCGACCUCCGUAACUGGUAUUUCCCUGCCCGUCGUCCCAUCGCCAUGAUCUCGCGGGUUUAUGUCACAAUCGUCACUUUGAUGUGGACGAGUCAAGAUCUUCUGACGCCCGGCUACCAUGUCUUGUAUGGCAUGGCUGAUGGUAUGGGACCCGCAGGCUGGGACCACUGGGAGUACUGCCUGAACCUGGAUCGUGGUUCUCCGGCAGGCCGGUGGUCCAGCAGUCGGCGGCUCCAGGGAUUCCAUUGUGACGGAGUCGACCUCGGCGUGGAGUUGUUUUCUGUCUGGGAAGACUACAUCCCAACGUUCAGCGUUGGAGAUGAUAUUGAACACCUCCAGAUUUUCCGUUUCGUCUGUUCGGUUUUGGCCCUCUCCAGCAUUCUUGCCGGGGCUGUUAUCGCUAUCCGUCAUUCUUCUCCUGUCAAGGCCAUUGAGACGCUUUGCAGCUGGACACGUUCGAAGUCAAAGAACGGUCCUGAAGAUGAGGCACAGCACCAAGAUACAGCGUUGCUCGAGCAAGUUGGACUUCUUUCGGCCAGGAUUGGCACUUACGAAGCAAUGCUGGAUGAGGUACGAGGCCAGCUGGCCGCCAAAACCGAGCAGGCGAACGGACUGGAGGUGCGCUUUGACGAACUUCGGUCGAGAAAUCAGAUGCUGGUUGCACGUUGCGAAGAGGACAAGGUUGCCCAGCAAGAGAAUCUGAUCGCCGGUCUUCGUCAAGAGCUAGAUCGGGUCAACUGUCGCCUCAUAAUGGCUAACGGAAGGGCGCGGGGGGCGCAGUAUAAGUCUGACUCACGGGAGCAGACUCUCACCAACCGUGUCGCCGAGCUAGAGGAGCAGCUGGCUCGCAAAAGUGAUGAAGCGAAUGCCAACUCUCGCGGCAUUAUUGAAUCGCUUCAAGCAGACCUCCGUAAUCGGACCGAUGAGCUCAACACCAUGGCGCGCCGUCUAGAAGCCGUUGAAGCUCUGGCCGAGAGGACCUGCGACAUUGAAAAGCUCCGUGUGACAGAGGAGGAGGGUCUCCGCAAGGAUGCAGAGAUCUCUAGACUCCAGGAACUACUUCUGGUUCAGGAGCAGCAGUCUUACGAGCGGGCGAGGGAACUUAGCAUCGUCGAAGACCAGCUUUCCAAGCAAGAAGUUGAGAUCCAGGACCUGGGCGCAAAAAUCAAGGCCUACGAGGCAGCACCCCAGGUGCAGGCCACGGAGCCUAACGCCGCAGAGAUCCGUGAUCUGGAAGGAAAACUUCAAUUUUUCCAGGCACAGUGUCACACGCAAGCAGCACAACUCGGAACCGCGGAAGCACAAGUAAAUGUUCUGCAGGCCCAGCUCGAGGAAUACUCGGAGCAGCUCCGGAUCGCAGAGGCCGAGCACGUAAAGCUGGAGGCAGAGGGUCGCGCAAAGCAAGAAGAGAUCGACUUCAUGUUGCAACAGUACGACACACUCUUUGCCGAGCAUUUCGACCUUACUGGACAGCAUAAGAACCUUUCUGAACAGCAUGAGAAGCUGCAGAGUGCGUUCAAAGGGGACGAUGCUGCCCAGGAAAUCCUGGGGCUGCGGGCCGAGAUCGAGUCUCUGAAAUCUGCGUUGGAUAGGAACAGCGCGGCCCAGGAAACUCUGAAUCUCCGGGUGGAGGUCAACGCGGUGAAGGCGGUCGCCGAAGAGAAGGUGAGGGAAGCCGAGGCGAAGGCGACAGAAGCCGAGCAGAAGUUGAUGGAGGCUGAGGGGGUCGCGAAUUUUCUCCGGCAAGCCGACGAAGGGCAUCGCAAGACAAUGAAAAGCCUGAAAGAUGCCUACGAUAAGGAGGUGGAGAGAUACGAUGACGAGGUCGCGGCGGAACGUGCGGCUGCCAAAGAGGCUCGGAAGCAGGUGAAGGGCCUGGAGGAGGAACUCAAGGAGAUGUCGCGGCAAGUCGGCAUUGCCUCCAGGGAUGCUCAGCGUUUCCGGGAGCAGAAGGAGGGCACCGAGGCGGAGAGGGACAAGCUCACGGGCGUCAAUGACGUCCUUGAGCACCGUCUGAAGUUUUGGGAGAACAGGGAGAGUAUGCAAACGAUCCCCAAGCGCCGUACGGGCGACUUGGGGUCUCUUGCGACGGCUCUGGACGAGGCCAGGGUCGAAAUCUCCAGGCAGCAGACCGAAAUCAACGAUCUGCGUGCCAAACUCCAAGCUCAGACUGAGUCCGCCGCCUCAGCCGCUUCUGCUCCCUCCGACCAGGCCCUUCAAGACAGCGUCAACCGUUUGCGACAUGCCAUGGAGGUCGAGAAAAGACAGCGAACCGAGGACCAGGUUCGCUGGGGCCGGCAGGUCCAAGAGUUGCAGCAGGAAAACCAGCGGCUGCGGGUUUCCAUCUCCAGCGCCGGCCUGGGUCGCGGCCGCGGUCGUGGUCGUGGCCGAGGCAGCGCAAUGAUUGGAUGUCAAUCAUCAUCGGCAGGGACACAAGGAACGAUCGACAAACCAGAAUAUGGUAAUAAGGCAGAGCAAUUGGAAAGUCUAAACCGGGUGGAGGUGUUCGUGAGAUGGCCACUCCGUAUAGAGGGAGUGAGUUGUUCGAUAAUCAAUCAAUCAGUCACAGUGGAAGCGAAACGGUGUGGAUCACGGGGUCAGUCGGGGAAAAGGUCCGUGACUGGCAGCGAUAACGGAUUCCCUUCCCUUUUCAUCCUCUUCAACUUCAUCCCACAAGAGAACCACAAUUUCAACGGCCGGCUGGCAUUAAUUUGGGGGCACCUGCGUGCGGGAGAGGAUCCUAUCAGAUCCACGCUGCGAUGGCCAGUAGUUCUCAACAAGCGCCGCGCUGUUUCAUUCCCUCCCUUCCGUGCGUGUUUCACCUUGGGCCACCAAACCAUGGGCGACCCCGUUCUUCAUUCCACCAAUUCCACCAAUUGCUCCACAUUCUUCCAUGCAAGCCCCCCCUCCAUUAUCAUACAAUCCCGCCAACUCUCUUUUUUUCUCGCGUGGAUUGCUCGGCUUCUGACCCUCAAGGGGUUCGCCUUUUCCCUGUGAACUGUCGUUCGUUUCUACUCCAAAUUACCUCGUCUUUCCUUAUUCCCAUUGUGGCCGAUAUCUUGUCUCUUUCUCUCUCUCUCUCUCUCUCUCUCUCUCUCUCUCUCUCCCUCUCUCGUGUGCUUAUCAGCAAUUGCGAUCGGUGUUGUAACCGCAGCAGCACGCGCCAGGACCCCCCUUCCCCUAUCUUGGCACGUUCGCCCUACCCACUGAAGCUAGCCGCCAACGUCGCAGUUCAAGCGUCACCAUAAUCUUUUACAACACUUCAAUGGCUAUUCAGAAUGGGUCCGCAGUGAUUGACAGGUCGCUCGUUUGACCUCGGACUCCAGCAAUCUCUCAGCGGUUAUGCGCGAUUGUUGUCGAUAGUCGCUGGCCGUACUGCUGACGCUUUCC